GGUGUUCGAGUUGGUGUUUAAUUAGUCGGUUGUUUAUAUGUGUGCUGCGUAAGUGAGGGCGGGGGGGUGUUGUUUUUUGCUCUGCGAUUGGCUUAGGGGUGAAGGUUGCCUUUCCUGUUUACGGGGUUCCUGAGUGGUGUAGGAAGCCAAAGAUUUUAACUCCUCUCGCUGCAACACAAAAAUAAAUGCUGAUGCUCCUUAAAUGAGAUGAUUAUCACUGCGAAUGUGUGGGAUCUCUGGCUGAUAAUGAUUGAACAAAUAGGCCAUCCUGAAUGCUUACUGUCAUUUCCUUAUGCAGAAUCUUAAUUUCCUGUCCUGGAAAUAACACUGCUACAUAUUGCUGUCAAUGCUGUAGAGUGACCUUAAAAAACAAAAGUUACCAUGGCUUCAGAUGGGAAUGAAUGGGAAUUGAGUAAAGAGAAUGUGCAGCCUCUUAGGCAGGGGAGAGUUAUGGCCACCUUGGAGGAAGCUCUGGCUCAGCAGGAUGUUUCCAGCCAUGCAGCUAUCCAGCAACAAAAACGGGAAUUUGAAUCUGAAAUUCGUUUUUAUUGUGGAGAUGAUCCUCUGGAUGUCUGGGACAGGUAUAUCAAGUGGACAGAGCAGACCUUUCCGCAAGGUGGUAAAGAGAGCAACCUCUCUGCUGUGUUGGAGAGAGCUGUUAAAGCACUGAGUGAACAACAGAAAUAUUACCAAGACCCCCGGUUCCUCAAUCUCUGGCUUAAAUUUGGGAAUUGCUGUAGUGAACCUCUGGACCUGUAUAGCUAUCUGCACAGCCAGGGGAUAGGCACAUCUCUGGCACAGCUUUAUAUCACUUGGGCAGAGGUACUUGAAGAAAGAGGAAGCUACAAAAAAGCUGACUUGAUAUUCCAGGAUGGUCUGCUGUGUAAGGCUGAACCAUUGGAUAAACUACAAUCCCACCAUAGGCAGUUCCAGGCCCGAGUAUCUCGGCAGGCCCUACAAGAUCUUGAAGAAGACUGUGAAGAGGAGUCAGGUUUUUCUGAACCUCAAAGAACAACAUUGGCAGAACUGAAAGGAAGAGGGAAGAAAACAAUGAGAGCCCCAAUCAGUCGUGUAGGAAAUGCUGUGAAGCUCCCAAGCCAGGGGCAGAGAUUCCAGCAUCCACCAUCUCAGCAGAUUUCAGGUUGUCCAGCCUUUGCUGUAUAUGAUGAAAAUAAAUCAGAGGCUUCUAGAGCUGAGCUUCCAAUGCUUGUACCACAGCCAUGGGCAGCUGCUCCAACAAUAAAGGCCAAGGAGAAUGACUUACAGGCAGGACCAUGGAACAUAAGGAGGCGUCCUAGCAACAAUAUGGACUCCAGUACUGUGGCUCCAGUUGCGCUCCCCAAUUUUACUCCAUAUGUUGAAGAGUCAGCACAGCAACAAACAAUGACUCCCUGUAAAAUAGAGUCUAGUAUAAACAGUGUGUUAAGUGCUCGAAAGCCAGGGAAAGAGGAAGAUCCGCUGCAUCGUGUGCAAAGUCAUCAGCAAGAUGGUCAGGAAAAGAAGGAAAAACCAAUGUAUUGCAAAGACAGAGUAUAUGCUGGUGUUGAGGAGUUCUCCUUGGAGGAAAUCAGAGCUGAAAUCUACAGGAAAAAAGCCAAAAAGAAAAGGGAAGAAGAGCUACAGACAAUAGCACAGAAGAAAGCUGAAUUACAAAGGAAAAUUGAAGAGAUGGAGAAGAUAAUGAGAGAGCAACAAGCUACUCAUGAUCAGAAGCCAUACGAACAGCAGAUAUUGGCACAGAUACCUGUUGAUGUGAUGUCUGAUGUGCCAGAAAUUCUGAAGCUUCCUAUGACACAAAAACAAGCCUCUCUGACAGAUACUGCUGCACUUGCUGAAAGACCUUUUUCAGACUGUUUCUCCUUAAAAAGCAAUUUUGAACUGGAUGAAAAUGUUCAACACAGAAAGUCAAGCUCUAGUGAUUCUGAGAUUCCUCCUCCAGUGAUUCCCUCAGUGCCUUUCUCCAUAUUUGAUGAAUCAUUUGUUUCAGAAAACCAGAAUGUCAGUCUUUCUACUGGUCCCCCACUGGUAUGUGCCAAAUGUCCUGUUGCUGUUCGCAAACCUUCAGAAAGUAUCACUGCAAAGGAAAACAUACCUCCUGAAAUUUCUGAUGAGCUUCAUGGAAUUGAACCCCUGAGUGAAGAUCCAAUUGUUACUGGCUCAUAUAGGAACAAAACCCUCUGCCCCAACCCUGAAGAUACUUGUGACUUUGUUACAGCUGCACACAUUGCUUCAACACCUUUCCAUGGGGUAACAGAACAGAGAAGCAGACUUGAUGAUGAGCCUAAGGAAGCAUGUCCAAAACCUCAGGCAGCAUCUCUGAGCCAGCAUACAAUUGCUAGUGAGGAUCAGUAUACUGAGGCUCUGUUUGUAAAAAAACUGAGUCCAAUUAUGGAAGCAAGCCAGGAAGAUACUAGGUCUUCUGCAUCUUCAGCUUCCCCGACACAAAUCUCUACGAAUGCAUUUGAACAGAUGCCAGAGAAGCUGAAAUUGGCUCAGAGCUGCACUGAUGAAAUCACAAGUGACACAAAUUUAUCUAACAACUUUGCAGAGGGAUUACAGUAUAAAGAACAUCGCAGACAGCUCUUGCAGCCUCUUCCAGACUUCCUGGCAAAGUCUUCUGACUUUAAAUUAGAGCUUCAACCAAUGCCUUGGAUGGAAUUAGAAAAAGAAGUUGGCAUAGGCAAUGAAAUUUACAGUAUCACUCGAGAGUAUGUUAUCAGCAAAGAUGACAAGAUGUUCUCUGCUGUGUUAUCCAACUUUCCUCAUGAAACCUUGAAGACAUUUUUAAUAAAGGUGCACUCUGAACCAGUGCCUUGGGACUUUUACAUCACACUGCGACUGCAAGAACAACUUGAUGCUGGGUUUGAUCAGAGCUUCAGUGACAGCUGCACAUGUUUCUUGUACCACAAUGGCUGUGUGACUCUACAUAAAGAGAUAAAUCGAUUUACUGUUCAGGAUAUGAUCCAGUUCUGUACAGUUAUUCCACAAGAAGUGAUCUUGCUGAUUGUUGACAAUCUCCUAGAUGUGGUGGCAAAAUUACAUACAGUGGAAAUAGUUCAUGGAAACUUGCAUCCAGCAACAUUAUUCUUGGGAGACAGAAUCUGUGAUUCCUUUGGCAGUGCUGAGACUGUGAGUGCUCUGAAGGUGGUAGAUUUCUUUCAUAGUCUGGACUUGAAGCUACAGCCAAGAAUGAAUAUUCUGAAAGACUUUCCAGUAGCUCAGACCAAGACUGGGCAACAGCUCCUAAAUGAAAAAUCUCUUGCUUACCAGGUGGACCUGAUAGGCAUUGCCAAUACAGUCCACUUUAUGCUCUUUGGGGAAUGUCUUCAAGUUCAUCAGGAAGAAGGCCACUGGAAAACUGUCAGAGAUUUAUCUCAAUUUGGUGACAGUGACCUGUGGAGUAAGUUCUUUCUGCAAAUUCUGAAUGCAAAUGGUAAGUCUACUGUGCAUCUUUUAAGAGAACUAAGAGAAGACUUAAGAGGUGCAUUUGACAGCUCUUUCCCAGAACGCCUCUCUGAUUCCUUGACAAAGCUGGAACACCUUUUCAGCAUUGAGACUAUCAUCUGACUAUAGACUGAUCAUGCUUUUAAUGUGUCUCAACUUUUCUUCCUUGCCUCACUCCUAGGAGCUGGAAUGUUGUGCUUUAAUUCUUUCACUUCUGUGUAUAUAAGGCAUUGGUAUGACAUUCACAAUCCCUUCGUGUCUUUAAAAAAUGUGUGCUGGUACCUUAACUCUGUGUACCGUCAAUAUCUGUUCUCACUGAACCACUGUUGGAUUAAACCUGCAUAUUAUAGCUGCUGAAUGUUAAAUAUUGAUCACUCUGUGUUCACUGUUCAAUAAAAGUUUUGUUAUCACCUGUUA